AUGGAGUAUUCUUCACAACACCAUUCUACACACAUGCAGCAACAACAACACCAACAACAGCACCAGCACAACACACACGGGACUUCUCAACAGUCUACGUUGCUGGCGCAACGUUCGACUGUCUCGAAGGGGAAGUACUCGUUACAGGACUUUCAUAUAAUGCGGACACUAGGUACUGGGUCAUUCGGCAGAGUACACCUGGUGAGAUCGGUUCACAACGGCAGAUAUUAUGCUAUCAAAGUAUUGAAAAAGGCACAGGUGGUUAAGAUGAAGCAAAUUGAGCACACCAACGAUGAGAGACGGAUGCUAAAACUUGUGGAGCACCCCUUCUUGAUUAGAAUGUGGGGCACUUUCCAGGACUCACGGAACCUGUUCAUGGUGAUGGACUACAUCGAAGGUGGUGAGUUGUUCACAUUGCUAAGAAAAUCACAGAGGUUCCCUAAUCCUGUGGCCAAAUUUUACGCCGCUGAGGUUACGCUAGCAUUAGAGUACUUACAUUUCCACAAUAUUAUCUACAGAGAUUUAAAGCCAGAAAAUAUCCUGUUAGACAGGAACGGACACAUCAAGAUUACAGACUUCGGCUUCGCAAAAGAAGUGGAAACAGUUACAUGGACCUUAUGUGGUACCCCCGAUUACAUCGCACCAGAAGUUAUCGCAACAAAACCAUAUAACAAAUCAGUCGACUGGUGGUCAUUGGGUGUCCUGAUUUAUGAAAUGUUGGCCGGAUAUACCCCAUUCUAUGAUACUACCCCAAUGAAAACUUAUGAAAAGAUUCUACAUGGUAAAGUUGUGUAUCCACAAUUCUUCAACUCAGAUGUCAUCGAUUUGCUAAGCAAAUUACUGACUGCUGACUUAACUAGGAGAAUCGGUAACUUGCAAAAGGGAGCACAAGAUAUCAAAUCACACCCCUGGUUUGCUGAAGUUGUCUGGGAAAAAUUAUUGGCUAAAGAUAUCGAGACACCAUAUGAACCUCCUAUUACUGCUGGUGUUGGUGAUACUUCUCUUUUUGACCAGUAUCCAGAAGAGCAAUUAGAUUACGGAGUACAGGGAUCAGACCCUUACGCAAGCUACUUUACUGAUUUCUAG